AUGAAGCUCCUCCUCGUCGCAUCGCCCCUCCUCGCUCUGGGCCUUGCGCUGCCCAACUUCCCCGCCAGCUACGGAGAUUCUCUCGCGCAGACGGACGGUCGAGAACAAGACUAUGGUCAAAGCGGUAACAGCAACAAUCAGUAUGGCUAUGAGGAAAAUGGAAGCAACAACGACUACGACCAGGGCUCCCACCAUUGGAACACCGGCUGCCCGGUCUCCAUCACCCAGCGCGAAGCCGAAGACUUCAUGAACCGUGCCGACGCAGUCGAACACCAGCAGCACUCCGACCUCGGCGAUGCCCUGCAGACGGCGGCACAGAUUCUCGCGCCGGAUCUGCAAUUC